AUGUACGGGCGUCAAGAAGAAAAAUAUUACUUUGGGAUACAAACAGAAAACGAAAUAGAAAGUGAUGAAGAUGACAAUUUGCCUCUCAGUAUUUUAAAAGAAAACAUCAAAAGAGCUUCAUCAGUUUAUAGAAAGUUACCGGAAAAUUCGAGAAGUGCAAAAGAAAUAACGGAUAAUGACAACAGGAAAAAGGAAGUAUAUAAGAGUGCUUUUAGUGUUGCUGAGCCAGUUACAACUGUUUUGAAGUCAAUUAGCGAGCCUGGCAUUUGCACAAAGUUUUCAGAAAAUGGUAUUCAAAGAGAACCUGAGCAAUAUAAAUCUACUAACAGAGAUCACGACCCCACCUACAGAGCGAGCUGUGCAUUUAGAAACUGUAGAGAUGAAAUAUGGGCAGCAUGUGAAAGAUGUUCUGAGUUGCUUUGUUGGGAACAUUUUAUCAACAACGAAACCUGUACUAAACAUGUUGACAGCGUUUCUUCCGAAAAUGAGGAAAAUAUACCGCCAAUUUUGCUUUCUAAAGGUAUGAAAACUAACCUAGAGAUUCGCAGAAGAUAUGCUGUGGAUGGAGAACAAAGGGAAGUAUCCUUUGAUAAAGUGAGAAAGGGCAAUAAAAGGAAGAUCGCACAUGACAAGAGAAUAGCGGGAGAAGCUUAUGUCAGUAGCACCUCUGGAAAGGCUGUUUUAGCUAAAGGGAUGAAACCUCGUUGUACUAGUGAAAAAUGCAAGAGUACAGUGUGCAGCAUUAGUGAUUUCCAAAGGCAGAAAAUAUUCAACGCUUUUUAUGUUACAAAGAGCUUACAGCAACAAAGGGAGUUUAUUAUACGACACGUACAGAUCAAAGCUAUCAAGCGGAAAAGGACAGACAAAGAAGUUUCACGUAGGUCGAAGACAUUUGAAUACCACCUUCCUAAAAGUGACGGAAUGUCCGUAGUUUGUAAAACAAUGUUUUUAAACACUUUGGGAAUUUCAGAAAAGACAAUGCGUACGGCUUUAUCUAAAAGAACAGAAGAAGGGAUAGUAGAGCCCGAUAGACGAGGAGGACGACAUGAAAUGCAAGCUGAUGAAAAAAGAAAACUGGAACUCGAGGAUGCUUAUAAUAAUCAUACUGCUGAAAAGAUAUCUGUUCGCAGGAAAAAAGAAGAAGCCAAGGAAACAUCAAAGUUAAAUCCUAGCGUUCUGGCUGCUGCUGUAUUUGACCUACAACAAGUCAUACAGCUUCCAAAAAGUAAAGAGAGUGCCUUAUUUUUUCGUCGCCGCCUCUCUUCAAUCAACUUCACGAUUUACAAUAUCGGAAAUAAAGAAUGCUAUUGUUUCUUUUGGGAUGAAACUAUAAGCAAGCGAGGGGCUAGCGAAAUAUCAACAUGUGUAGCAAGAUAUCUGAAUGAGCUAGACAAUCGGGGGAUCAAGGAAGUCAGGGUGGCUACUCAACCUCAUCUUCCCGAAGUCAGCGACGAAUUCGUCCAUCUGUUUCUGCACGCCUGCUACUACUCACACGAAAAGACCAAAAACUCUAUAGAAGCAUGGUUCACUAUAAGAUCCAAUCAUCCUACUAUAUUUUCCAAUAGGGACCCUUUGGAACCGAAAAUGAAGGCUUUAUUGGAUAUGGGGUAA